AUGGAGAAAGGAAAAGAAAAUCACACAGCUCACUGUUUAAUCUUGCCAUAUCCAAACCAGGGACAUAUAAAUCCUAUGCUCCAAUUCGCCAAACGCUUAAGGCAUAAACACGUAAAAAUCACUUUAGCCGUAACAAAAUUCUUGAGCAAAACCGUGCAAGAAUUUUCAGGUUCCUCCAAUAUUUCCCUGGAAACAAUCUCUGAUGGAUUUGAUGAAGGAGGGAGGGCUGAGGCUGAGAGUUCAGAAGCAUACCGGGCUCGGUUUCGUCAGGUCGGAACAGAAACUUUAUCAGAACUCGUAGAGAAGCACAGAAUAGAUUGUGCUGUAGAUUGUAUAAUUUAUGAUCCGUUUCUUUCAUGGGGUCUUGAUGUAGCCAAGAAAUUUGGAUUAGUUUCUGCUGCUUUUUUCACUCAAUCUUGUGCUGUGGACAAUAUAUAUUACCAUGUGUGUAAAAAGGAGUUGAAACUUCCUCUUUCAGAGACUAAAAAUAUAGUGAUUCCUGGAUUACCAGUGCUGGAACCUUCAGAUUUACCUUCUUUUGUUUAUGUUCAUGGAUCAUACCCUUCAACUUUUGAAAUGAUUCUGAAUCAGUUUCAGUAUCUGGAGAAAGCAGACUGGAUUCUUGUUAAUACUUUUCACAAGUUGGAAGAAGAGGUGAUUAAUUGUAUGGCGAAGUGUUUACCAGUGAAGGCAAUUGGCCCAACCGUACCUUCAAUGUAUUUGGACAAGAGGCUUCAAGAUGACAAAGAGUACGGUCUUAGUAUCUUCAAGCCUAUCACUGAUGUCUGCAUGAAAUGGCUUAAUGAACGAGCAAAUAGAUCGGUUGUUUAUGUUUCGUUUGGAAGUUUGGCUCAAUUAGGAGCCGAUCAAAUGGAAGAAGUGGCACAGGGCUUAAAAACGAGCGACAAGUUCUUCUUGUGGGUGGUUAGAUCAUCCGAAGAAGCUAAGCUUCCCAAGAAAUUUUUAGAGGAGACGUCCAAGAAAGGACUAAUCGUGCCAUGGUGUCCACAGUUGGAAGUUUUUGCACACAAGGCGAUAGGGUGCUUCAUCACACAUUGUGGUUGGAAUUCUACAUUGGAGGCAUUGAGUUUGGGAGUUCCUAUGGUGGCAAUGCCUCAAUGGACUGACCAAAGCACAAAUGCGAAGUUUGUUGAGAAUGUUUGGAAAGUGGGAAUCAAGGCUAGACAAAAUGAGAAAGGUAUAGUCGAGCAAACGGAGAUUGUUGGUUGCAUAAAGAAUGUCAUGGAGGGAGACAGCGCCGAAGAGAUCAGAAAAAACUUAAAAAAAUGGAAGGAAUUCGCUAUAGAGGCAGUUGAUGAGGGAGGGAGUUCAGAUAACAACAUAAUAGAAUUUGUUUCUUCACUGAUUAAUCCUCCCGCAAAGAUAAUUUGA